AUGCUGGGCUUUGAUGAGUAUCCUUUACUUGUUCAACUAAACUGGUCGAAACUCGGUCAGGAAGGGAAAUUUAUCCUAAAAAUUGCUGCUAACGGUUUGGGAAACUCAAAAUCGGAUGGGCAACUGAACGGAACAAAGUCCAAUUGUCCUCUGAAAAGGAAUGUCAAAAAAUCAUCAAAAAGGCAAUCCAAGAGUGGUGCUGGAUUCGACAGUUUAUUUUGCGGUCGCGGUAUUGACUGUGAUGAGAACGAAAACAUAACACAUGGUUGUGGACUCCGAAUGCGAAAGCCCGAUUCUAAUGGAAAUAAGCCACUAGAAGAUGUUCUUAACUCCGAGAAUCGAUGUCAUUCUCCUCCAAAUAGUACUUUUACUCGAAUGACUUCUGAUCCUGAAUUACUCAUGCAAAAGACACGUCAACAGGUCCUGAGCUCGAAGCUUUCCCGAUUCGCAGGCAAGGGAUCUGAUGAUAUUGGCAAGUCGAAGUCUCUUGAUUCCGUGUCUCAGGUCAUUCGCCAGGCGUUAGAUAAGUAUGGACUCGAAUUUGCUGAUCCUGCUGCAUACUGUCUUAUCAUGCGAACCCGAUAUGCCAACGAAAUUCCUGGAAUACAAGCCUAUGAGGAGAUUCUUCAGGACGAUUUUUGUCCUUUAAAACUUUUACUUGCCCCAGAGUCAUCACCUGAAGGAAUAAUAACAACGUUCGAACUCCGUCCAAGACUGACUCGGAUUGACAGACAGCGGAAUGGAGCGACAAGUGGGAAAACUGUGCCGCCUUCGGCACUCACGCGUUUGCCCUAUCAUCAAGACACUCCUAAGGCUCCUCAAAGUGUCUGUCACGCUCCCGACAAUGGACAAUAUGCCUCCUUUGCUUGCCUUGUGGAAGUGUGUUCCGAAGGGAAGGAAAGUCGUAAACCGGCAAUCUACCCUCUUCCUCUGCAUUUGGGACAGGUGUGUGUUGGCACAUCCCUCCAGCCCUCAACAAAGUUUCCGCUCCUCGUAACUCUCCCAGUGAGCGUCCAUCCCGAAGUGAUUCCCUUCCACGUAGUUAUCUGGCAUCCACAGGAGACCACCACUGGUCAUACCCCAUCUCGUUGCUCUCCCCGCGGUUGGCUUGCCUGCGCUCCUGUGGCCCACGAGGCUCUCGCGCCUGUUCUUGUCAACGGUCGUCUGCUCACCAUCCCUUCAUUCCGACCCUUCACUUCCUACCGUAAACCCCGUCUGGAUCAACAAUCCCCCUUGGCCGUCCAUUGGCUUGCCCCCGGUGACAUCAUUCAGUUGGGAUCCGGUGGUCGUAGUCGGUUUCGUAUCUGGCCCGGCCCAAGCCCUCCACCACCACCCAAGCCCUCCUCUCUUCCCUCCACUACCAGUGCUGCUGGCCGCCGAUCCACUACAACCAACAAGUUAUCUGUAUCAACUCCGACAAGUGCCAGAAGUAAGUGCCAAUCAAGUGGCGUGAAAACACAGACACCUCAACUGCGUCAGCAACAACAGCAUCGAUCGCAUCAACAUCACUUUCAGACGCAUUACAACACCCGUCGACCGACCUCUAUGGAGUCUGCAAAAUCGGAUCUUUCAGACACCACUACUAGCAGCAGUCUUCCUCUUUCACCUACUCCACCAUCUACGAUGGAGAUGGAAGCCACAAAGACGCCUCGGGAGUCCCUACCCGCCUCCAGUCCCUCCUGUCGCACCCCCUCGCUUGUGGCAAGUGAUUCUACUGAGGAUGCGGGAUCUGGAGGAAGCACCAAAUCCACGCACACUCGAGGAUUGGAAAAUCGCCACUUGAUUAGGGAGGAUUCAAGCUCUUCCACAUCACAAACACUCUCCACAUCAGGAAUCGGGACUUGCACUAAGCAUACAGACAGCCGUUCAGGCAACGCUCUGUCCUUUCGUAGGACGUCGAGUGACUCUGGCGCGCCUCCACUCCUUGAUCGGUUGCCAUGUCAAUUGGCUUAUGCACCCUCCACUCUGGACGCCUUGUUGGAUUGGUUGUUGCUAGACCCCUUCAGAGCCAGACGAAGUGGUCUGGACAAUGAACAGGAGGCCUCGCCUUGUCCUCUGGGACCCGCUUUCAGCGUUUAUCUCAUGCUGAGAGCAAUUUGUCGGCAGUGUGACCGAUGGGAGGCUUUGGAGAACAGGAAAAUAGCAUCAGCACCUACCUCAGAACUGAAGACGAAGCAACUUAUUCGUCGACAGCGUGAACUUCUCACUUUAUUCGUGGCAGUGACGGAUCGUCUGGUGUCGGUGGAACGCCAUUUGAAUGAGACCUGCACUGAUGAACUCGGAAGUUCUCGUGAAUCACUGGAGGAAAGAGCCGGACGAGGGGCUGCCAUCCUCUCCAAUAUCAGUCAGCUUCUGCAUUUCAUCUCUAAAGACGUCGAUCUCCAACGCAUUUUCCAGUCUGACGAAGAAGGCGAAUGCGGAACGGCUUGGCUUGCACUGGUGGAUCGGGUUGCUGAGCUCGUCGAAUCCGUCUUCAAUAGCCUUUUGGCUACCCUCACUGCCCUCAUUGCCUCCAAGUCGUGCCUCCCAGCACUCACCGCCUCUUGGGACCUUCGUGCGAGCACUUGUCGGGACAAUGAGGUGGAAGUGGAGGAGGGAGAGGGUGAGGAGAUUGAGAUUACUGAUGACACGUCAAUAUACGAUCCGGUGAGUCCACAGAGCAUCCUUUCCUCACAGUUUAUUUAUAUCCCAAAACCAACGGACCCUGUGUUGGACGAGAUGACGAAGAUACUGAGAAUCCUACACGCCAAUCUCGUGAAUCCGGCCUUCCUUGUGCAGUUGUUUGCCCGUCUUCUUCACUACAUUGGUGCCCGCCUCUUCAAUGGACUGGUGGAGGAACCGGCACGAGUUUCACCUCAAUGGGGUCGCCUCCUUUUUGAGUGGAUUCAUAAGAAACUCGUUGGUUGGGCGGAGCCUCAAGGCCUUCGUGUUGCUGUCGAGUGCUAUCUCACCCGACUCUCUCAGGUACAGAAUUCGACAGUGCACCUUAAAACUUUUCCUUCGUUAGCUGCUGAUCUUAUGCAAGCGGAUACUACGACCGUAGAGAGUCUGUACAACACUGCGGUGGACUUGGACCGACUGAACUCGACACAAGUGCGAUUUCUGCUGCGAGCCUACCGACCAUCGUAUGCGAGGCCUCUGCUCCACCUUGCCUCCUCUGAUGCAUCCUCAAACGCCACCUCAGAGCACAUCCUUCUUCAGUGGAUCGACUUCGUCAUUUCUGGCGUUAGUCAGGUAGAGCGACUUGAUACUGCUGGUACACUCGUGGGCUUCUUCAUCUCUCUAAUUGGUGUAACAGUCUCCGAUCGCUUACUGGCAGAGGAGUCUGAACUGCCAAACUGGAAACCUCAACUUCUUGAAACGCUGGAUCUUCAACUGCCACUGCUGCUCCCGGACGACUGCUACCCUUCCUCUACUCCCAUCAGAAAUCCUCAACUUGAACCGAGCAUUCAGGCUGUGACUAGGCCCAAGGUACGUGAGGUGGAAAUGGUGCCCUCUAAGAAUCAAUCAGGUGCCGUGGAGGUUGCUCACCUCACCGCCUUCCUGCAACCGGCACUGUUGACUGGUUGGUGCCGCCUUUCUGUGCGUCAGGUGCCCAGCCUGCGCACCGAGCCUUGGCUCUCGUGGGACGUCUACUUGGCCAUUGAAAAUGCUUCUACUACCAAUGUCAACCGACCAGCCGAGGAAUUGGGGCCACCUCGUGACAGUCCUGGGCCCAAGACUCCACCGGCAUUUGAGGCUCCUUCCCCUCCUCUCGAAGAGAAGGCAGAAGUCAGUCAACCCAGCUCACUGUCAAAUGAAUCCACGUCCGAUUUCGACUCAACUAACACCUCUGAGUCGUUGAAAGCAGAAGAAGCAAGAAAUGUGCGAAUUUUCACUGUGGCAGUGCCCAAGAUUGGCAACAAUCUUGGUCUCAGCAUAGUUGCCGCUAGAUCCGAAGACGGGAGUGAUUUGGGCAUCUACGUGAAGUCCGUGACAUCAGGUGGAGGCGCCUCUCAAGCACGUUGGUUGGGCGAAGAAGAGAUCGAGUCGCCACCACAGCCAACAAUCGGUCCGGGCGAUAGAAUCUUGGCAGUAGAUGGCCAGGAGACUCAUGGCUUAUCACAGGACGCGGCGGCACGUCUAGUCAGUCUGGCUGGCCCCGAAGUCCGUCUCACCUUGGCUCGCAAUCUUGGACUGGGUUGCGUCGCUGCCGCUGUGCCUACUUGCGAGCUGCGAAAGCACAACGAUCAGACUGCCUCGCGUCUCAAUACCGUCGACCCUUCUGUAUCGUCCAACUCAUCCGUCCAGCCUACUGUGGUGGAGAACAUAUCGGUGAUAGCGAAUCCAGCAAAAAGUUUGCCGUCCCCGACGCCACAGAAAGCUUGUGCUACCGUGGUUCGUGCCGCCUCCAUCACCACGGCAAAUCGGCAGAGUGUGGAACAAGUAGAAGUAGCUUCGGAUGGCGGCGAGUCGGUGUCACCGCCUUCACCGCGAGUGUUGGUGGAGACACGAUAUCUCCUGGCCCACGAGGUGCCUCCUAACAAUGCGCUCCAACGCAGUCGCUCUCUCAUGGCCCAUGAGACAGCCGGUCGGCGGUUCUCUGUCGAGCGCGGCAGUUGGGACGCCGCUGAAACCACACUCCAUUCUCAAACACCCUCCUCCAUUAUCGACGCACCCGUCACCAACCGAGUGCCUCUCCAUCCUUUCAACAGCAAAGCUGUCGAUCGGAUUCCGAGGUCAAGCAAAGGGCCUUCACUGAAGAGCACCCAGUACAGCAGUUGGGAUGAGAUGGACGUGGACGCAACGCUGGAGAUGUUGAAGGAGAUGCGAGACCAACUGGAUCGCAGUCUGGCCCUCCGAAACCAACGCGUCGCGCCUCUGCCGCCAUCCACUCCACUGCUCUCCGCCACCACUGAGUGGAAAUCGUCAUAUACUGGAAGUCGGUUACGUAAUUGUGGUGAACCUGGACCCCUCAACCCUCCACGUACGGAGCACUCAUCUCUAGACAAAACGGCAUGGAAAGAGGAGAUAUCAGUCCUCCACACCACACCAGAGCGAAAGUAUUCUGCUGGUAUUGUACGCUCAGCCUCCACGUACUCACCCUUGAUCUACAAGUCCUCCUCCUCUGUCGACGAUCCGCCGCACAACCAACUUUUCUUCCGAACUCCCACAGCUACCUUUGCCAGUGGCCCAGGCGUAACGCGCUCAAACACUUCAGAUCGCAUUCACUGCGUCCCAAAGGCCAUUUACUCUGUGAGGGUUCCCUUCAAACACAAUGUAUCCACAGACCAUUUGCACAACCGCGGACACCCCGCCUCGGCCACUGCCACCUCGAGGUCCUACGACUUCGAGCUCGAGCACCGUCGCACCCAAAGUGCCGAUCAGAAUCUCAGUGGUGAGAUUUAUUAUCUUCUUCCUCCCUCUAACCAGCAAGUUCGGCCGCAAGAAGGAGAAAACCGUUUGGCUUGUUGUGGUAGUUUUCUAGGUAGCGUCGAUGUUGGCCGACGGCCGAGUGUUGCCGAGCGUGUGAAACUCUUCCAAGAUGUCAUUGAAAAUCAGUGUAAAUAG